AUGCUCACCGCCUCGAGCUGUCGGAUGUCGGCAGCGAGCAUGCUUGAAGUGACCAUGGUGGUGGAGAGCAGGGGCGGUCCGGCGGCGGGAUUGGAAUUGGACCGGUUUCUGGAGCGGUUGGGCGUUGAGGUGGUGCCGGUUACCCUCGAGCAACUUGCGUCGGCGCGGUACGCGUGGCGACGCUUCGGCAGGGGGAAUCACCCCGCCGCUCUCAACUUCGGAGACUGUUUCGCCUACGCCCUCGCCCAGGUCUCGCGGGAACCGCUCCUCUUCAAGGGCGACGACUUCGCCCGCACCGACAUCGCCGCUGCCUGA